AUGCCGCGGGCACGAGCGCCAUCUGGCGCCUCCACAGCCUCAUCACACUCGUUAUCGGAGCAUGAUCCAGUACGUGCGACCCUUUCCAAAAAUGCCACUCCGAGGACUACCGCCCAUGCCGGAGUAGCUUUCACCAUUUGUAUCGCCGGAUACAGAAGGCAGCUGACAUAUGUCAUACAGCAAGAAUUAGGAACGAUGUACGAUUAUCUAGCAAAGAUUAUACUGCUCGGACCUAGCGGGUGUGGAAAUCGGCGAAAGCGUAUAAAACUCCAGCUCUGGGACACCGCUGGCCAAGAACGUUUCCGCUCAGUAACCCGAAGCUACUACCGCGGCGCCGCCGGCGCUCUAUUAAUCUACGACAUCACCCGACGUCACACAUUCACUUCCCUCCCCACGUUCCUCGACGAUGCUCGCGCUCUAGCUUCUGAAAACCUCACUGUCCUAUUAGUAGGCAACAAAGCCGACCUUUCCACACCUUCGAAUUCUCCACCUGGCACACCCGCCCAGCCCGGGUUUACGACGGGGACAUCCCCGCUGCCCACGAAUAUCACAAACCGAAAGAAUAAUAAUUAUAACUAUAAUAAUAAUAACAAUGGAUUCGAUACACCGACUUCUGGAACGUCUACUCGGUCUUCAUACGUAGAAUCUUCAUCUGCUUCGUUUUCUUCGGAUAUUACUAUCAAUGGGAAUAAUCCCGGCAGUAACCCCUGGCGGGAUUUUCAUUCUUCGAACUCUAGGAGGAAUACAUUACAUGGUAAUAACGCCGGGGAGCCGGAUGUAGCCCGUGAGGUUACGUACGAUGAGGGGAGUAGAUGGGCUAGUACUGUUGGUAUUCCGGUUGCGAUGGAGACCUCUGCAUUGAAUGGAGAAAAUGUGGAUGAAGUGUUUGAAAGACUUGCGAGGGUGAUUCUGACGAGGAUUGAACUUGGGGAGGUGGAUCCUGAUGACCCGAAUAGUGGGGUUUCGUAUGGAGACGGUGGCGACUGGUCGAUAUCAGGACCCUCGAGCAGUUUAUUAGGGAACAGUAUGAGGAAAAAGAAGGGCGGGGUGGCAAGUGGGCGGUUAGGAGGGUUGAGGGAUUGGGAGGAGGUAUUCAGGAUGGACCCUGGGAGGAGUAGUAAGAAGAGCUGCUGUGGGUGA